AUGUCUCAGUACUACGGCCGAUCACUGUGUCUACGCUCGCUUUGUGCUACGAGAUGGAACUCCGCUCAAGGCUAUUUUGCCUCUUUGCUCUGCGUACAUAAGCUAAAAACCGCGGAAGCGGUCAUUGUGCCGUUGUCAUACGCAUCGUACAUGCUUCAACGUGAAGAGAAUACGGUAGGUGAUGUGUGUGAGCUAGCCCUAUUUUUACUGGGGUAUGCACUUCACCCUAUGUACGCUGAACAUGCACGAAAAAUGCCAACUACAGCGGUGUCUGGAGUUGUGGAUGCAAGGAGCAUUUACCAGAGCUAA